AAGAUUGCAACUUCCCCUGUUGUUUCCUGUCCAUUGCAGGGGUGUUAUUUGGCUACUCUGAUAAUAAACUUAGUAGAUGCCCAGAGAUCAUCUUGGGCAGAGGAAGCAGAACUGUCACAAGAGCAGGAGCGCUGAGCUAAAGCACCUCUGAAAGGAAGCCCCAGUAAAAACCAUGUCAUUCUGCAAACUUCCUCUGAGAAAGAUCGCAACCAGAUAAAGCAGGGGCAGUUUUCUUGCUUGGUAAGAGAAGGCAGUGGCAUAAUGAGGAAGCAGCUUAUCACCCACCUUAUAGGCUUUUGCUGGCUCGUCUGCUUCAAGGGGACUCAGCAUUUCUCCAGCGCUCUGAACAGGUGCGACGAUCAAAUGCUGUGCCCUGAUCACGCAACGUGCACCAAUACUCUCCAGGGCUACAACUGCACCUGCCGACCUGGGUUCAUAUCCACUUCGGGGGCCACGAAGUUCACCGAUCCAGCCGUCCGUUGCAAUGCUGACAGGUGUACGGAUUCAUCUGUCUGUCCUGCUUAUGCAACCUGUGACAACGUCGCUGGGAGCUACCGCUGCACCUGCAAACGUGGGUUUGCAUCUAGCUCUGGGCAGCAGCACUUCACUGAUGCGACAGUGACGUGCAACGAUAUUAACGAAUGCUCCCGGGACCCAUCCCCCUGCGGCACCAGCUCCAUCUGCACCAACACACGAGGCAGUUACACCUGUAAGUGUCCCCCAGGCUACCUCCCCCGCAGCCAGCCUGGCAUCCCGUUCAGCUGCACAGAUGAGAAUGAAUGUGCCCAAAGCCCUGCAAUCUGCGGGCCCAAUGCCUCCUGCAUGAACACACCUGGGAGCUACACCUGCCAGUGCUCACCCGGGCACCAUCCAUCCACGCCAGGGUCUUGGGUACCCGGAACAACCCGCUGCACAGAUAUUGAUGAGUGUCUGGAUCUGGCAUCAUGCCCUGCUCACGCCGCCUGCACCAACACCCCAGGAAGCCACUACUGCACCUGCAAUACCGGCUUUGCAUCCAGUUCUGGGGAGCAGCGCUUCACUGACCCAGCAGCGCAGUGCAACGAUAUUGACGAAUGCUCCCAGGACCCAUCGCCCUGCGGCCCCAGCUCCAUCUGCACCAACACACUGGGCAGUUACACCUGCACGUGUCCCCCAGGCUACCUCCCCCGCAGCCAGCCUGGCAUCCGGUUCAGCUGCACAGAUGUGGAUGAAUGUGCCCAAACCCCUGCAAUCUGCGGGCCCAAUGCCUCCUGCAUGAACACACCUGGGAGCUACACCUGCCAGUGCUCACCCGGGCACCAUCCAUCCACGCCAGGGCCUUGGGUACCUGGAACAACCCACUGCACAGAUAUUGACGAAUGCUCCCGGGACCCAUCGCCCUGCGGCCCCAGCUCCAUCUGCACCAACACACUGGGCAGUUACACCUGCACAUGUCCCCCAGGCUACCUCCACCACAGCCAGCCUGGCAUCCCGUUCAGCUGCACAGAUGUGGAUGAAUGUGCCCAAACCCCUGCAGUCUGCGGGCCCAAUGCCUCCUGCAUGAACACACCUGGGAGCUACACCUGCCAGUGCUCACCUGGGCACCAUCCAUCCACGCCAGGGCCUUGGGUACCCGGAACAACCCGCUGCACAGCGGUCGCUUCAAAUGAUCUGGUGAGGAAUUGUGAGAACCAAAGAGUGGACGCGGCUCACGGGUCAUCCCAAAACAAUGAUGCCUUCUGCAAGUUACUGACCUCCACCUUCAGCGUCUUGGGAGACCCCAACGAAAGGAAGAACUCCACCGUCUCUCUGGAGAAAGCCGCUGAGGGAUUUGCCUCCAUCCUGGAUCAGACGCCCUCCUGGUCCAACCUGAGCACGGAGCAGGUCUCCACCAUGGCCACCGUCUUCCUGGAGAACGUGGAGAAUGUCGUGCUGGACGUCUUCAAGAAUCCCACCGGGAACGGGAGCCAGACCAUCCGGAUGGAACAACUGGAUCUCCAGACCAAAGUCAUUGAGGAUGGCUGCCCCGGAAAGGACUCAGUCGUCAGCCUGGAAGUCAAAGGGGAGACCAUGAAGAUUAGCUGCAGAACGAUCCAGGGAUCAGUGGCACAAGCCCGGGCUGGAGUGGCGUUUGCCUCCUAUGUGGGCAUGGAGUCCCUCCUGAAUGGCAGCUUCUUCCAUGGCCAAAGAGCCACCUCUGUCUGGCCAGUUCGGAUAAAUUCCAGGGUGGUGAGUGCCUUCCUGACCAGCCAGACCAAGACCGAUUUCCCGGAUCCGGUCAACUACACCUUCGAGACCAUCAUGCCAAGCAGCAGCCCCGACAAGCUCAUCUGCGUCUCAUGGGAGGCCACGGACCGGCGUGGCAGCUGGUCUCGGGCAGGGUGCGAGGUCGUGCGCAGCGACGCCACUCACACCACGUGCAGCUGCAAUCGCGUCUCCAACCUGGCCGUCCUCAUGGCAUCGGGGGAGAUAACGGCAGGCUUCCCACUGUUCCUCAUCUCCCACGUCGGUCUGGCCCUGUCCCUGCCGUGCCUCUUCCUCGCCAUCCUCACCUUCCUCCUGUGCCGCUCCAUCCGCAACGUGAACACCUCCAUCCACCUGCAGCUCUGCCUCUGCCUCUUCCUGGCCGACCUGCUCUUCCUCACCGCGGUGGACAGCCCCAGCCACGAGCUGGCCUGCGCCGUCAUUGCUGGCCUCCUGCACUACCUCUUCCUGGCCUGCUUCGCCUGGAUGUUCCUGGAGGCCGUGGUGCUCUUCCUCACCGUCCGCAACCUCGGGGUCGUCAACUACUUCAGCACCCACAGCCCCAAGAUGCGGCACCUGAGCCUCUUCGGCUACGGCUUCCCCGCCCUGGUGGUGGCCGUCUCGGCGGCGGUCAUGCCGGAAGGAUACGGCAGGCAGGAAAACUGCUGGCUCAGGAUGGAGAAGGGGUUCAUCUGGAGUUUCCUGGGGCCAGUGUGUGUCAUCAUCGGGAUUAAUUCCGUCCUUUUUGCCUUAACCCUCUGGAUGCUGCAGAGAAAGCUUUCCAGCCUCAACACUGAAGUGUCCACCCUUAAGGACACCAGGCUACUGACCUUUAAAGCCAUCGUCCAAGUCUUCAUUCUGGGCUGCACUUGGAUUUUCAGUCUCCUCCAAAUCGGCCCAGCCGCCACGGUCAUGGCGUAUUUAUUCACCGUUGUCAACAGCCUGCAGGGAGCCUUCAUCUUCCUGGUGCACUGUCUCCUCAAUCGCCAGGUGCGGGAGGAGUACAAGAGACGGUUCACCUGCAAACCCAAGUCCUACGUUUCCGAUGUCUCCAUGUCUACUUUAGCCACCAGCAGCAAAGCGGGCUGACGUUCUGGCCGAGAGGCAGGAGACGCCAUCGCGCCACAGGAGAAGGAAAAGCUUAUUGCAGAACUUGAAUCUGCCGUCUUUAAAGUGCUUGCAGGAUCAGAACUUCGAAACCAACCUGCCAGCUGG